AUGGGGAAACAGUUUGACAUAUUAGCGUAUCAAGAACUUCUCAGUAUGGUGUUUGCACUGCAAGAGAUCAACAAAAAUCAGCUGUUACUGCCGAACUAUACCAUUGGCUUUCAGAUCUAUGAUUCCUGCUUUGAUGAAUUUGCAUCCAUUGAGGGUAUGUUCCAGCUUCUUUCUGGUGAGAAGACUCUAAUCCCAAAUUACUGCUGUAAAAAAUAUCCACCAGUGGCUGUGAUUAUUGGAGACAGUCUGUCUUCUCAGUCAAUUCCAGUGGCCAGAAUACUGGGCUUGUACAGAUUUCCCCAGCUUAGCCAUGCAUCAGCGAUUCCUAUUUUAAGUGACAAACAUCAGUUCCCAUCUUUUCUGAGGACGGUUGUAAGCGUUUCCCAACAACCUAAAGGCCUUGCUCAGCUUCUUAUUUAUUUCCAGUGGGAAUGGGUGGGCAUUUUGGCUACAGGAAAUGAUUAUGGGAUAGAAGGAAAUCAGCAACUCAAAGAAGAAUUAAGGAAUUCAGGAUUCUGUAUUGCAUUUAAUGAAAUCAUUCCCCCACAAUUAACAAAAUCUAAAAUCAUAUCACUUGUGCAUACAAUAAAGGAAUCUUCUGCCACAGUAAUAGUGAUCUAUGCUUUCCAGGAGCAAGUAAUUCCUCUGAUGGAGGAAAUUACACACCAAAAUAUCAGUGAAAAGAUCUGGGUAGCAAGUGCUAGCUGGAUUUUUUCUGCAGCAUUCUCUGUUAAAACCAUCUGGAAAGCACUUCAUGGAACUAUUGGACUUGCGGCUGUAAGUAAUAACAUUCCUGGUUUUAAAGACUUUCUUUACACAAUUCAUCCUGAUAAAUUUCCCAGUGAUAUAUUCAUGACAGCAUUCUGGGAAACAGCAUUUCAGUGCAAGUGGACAGAUAAUAAAACUGCUCAGUCAGUAAACUUGGGAAUUAUUGAUCACCUUAGGUACUGCACUGGCCAAGAGAAACUGCAGAUGCUGGAUCAGAAUUUAUAUCCAGUUUCAGAUUUCAGAUUUCCAUACAGUAUGUAUAAUGCAAUAUAUGCAGUGGCCCAUUCAUUGCAGACUUUACUGGCAUGCAAGUAUGAAGAGGGAUCAUUAUUUAAUAUGACAUGCACCAAUGGCAGCACUUUCCAGCCACAGCAAGUUCUACAUCAUCUAAGGAAAGUACACUUCAAAGCCAUUGAUGGAGAAGAUGUAUUUUUUGAUGGGAAUGGUGAUGUAAUUUUCCAGUUAGACAUCAUUAACUGGCAGUUAGCAGCAAAUGGGUCCAUGGAAGUUGUAACUGUGGGACACAAUAUCAUUUUAAAUAAGGGACACUUUGAUCUCCUCAGUAAGGGAUUUAAAUUCAUUCCAAGUACUCGAGGAGACCUAGUUAAAACCAUUAUUGAUAUGAAGCUGUUUCUUAGGAAAAUUAACUUGAAAGCUACUUUACCUCCAGCACCAUCUAACACUGAACAACCACAAGGUGGCCUUACAAGACGUAGCAUUUACAACCCUCCGCUUCUCCCACAACUGAAAAACCUUGAGAUGGUAUUGGAAAAUGGGAAAGUUUUACAUUCUUAUAGUGCGGUUGUGGGUAACGACAGGAUGAAGGAACUUUGUAGUCCUGGUUCCAAGGGCACCAAACCGAAGAGAAUGGUUCCCAAACGUACUUAUUCUGUAGUUGGGAACGCAGUUGUACUAGGUACUGUCAUUAAUUCUAAUGUUAUUCCUGUGGACAAUCAUAGUGACCGUUCCUCAAGGAAUGUUAGAAACUUGGAUGGUUUCAUGUAUGAUAACAAUUUUGUUUUUACUGAGUCUGUGUUACAGGAUAAAGGAACAACAUGUCCGGACAGUAAUGGGACUUUAAAAGAUUUAAUUUAUGACUUUGGACAUAAGCUAAAUUUGAUUAAAAGUUUGCAAAUUGAGAAUUCUUAUUUAAACAGAUGUAUUGAAUUGCAAAUUGUCCCCAUGGGGUUACGUAUUUUUAAACGGCCCAUGGGAAUUGAGUUAAAUGAUGAAUUAUUGACUGAAUGUAAUACACUGUUCGACAGCUUUGGUAUAAGUUUUAUGAAAUUUAUUAUGAAAUGUAAUGAUCACAAAUUAGCAAAUGUUAUUAAGGAAGUUGAUAGAUUGAAUGGGGUUAUUAUACAAGAUUUGGUACCAAAGUCUGUGUGCAGUGAAACCUGCCAUCCAGGAUACAGAAAAGUUGUGCAGCAAGGACAGGCAGCUUGUUGCUUUGAUUGUAUCCCUUGUUCAGAUGGAGAGAUUUCCAAUAUAUCUGGCAAAUGUAUUUGUAUACGAUGCCCAGAGGAUUACUGGCCAAAUACUGAAAAAGAUUUCUGCAUUAUGAAAUAUGUUGAGUUCCUCUCAUAUGAAGACCCCUUGGGUACCUCACUAGCUGUGAUUGCUGUUGUCUUCUCAUUCAUGCCUCUAGGGGUUCUGUGUAUCUUCAUCAAACAUCAAGAUACACCAGUUGUCAAAGCAAAUAACCGGGAAGUCAGCUACUUUCUCCUUAUAAGUAACCUGUUUUGUUUAUUGACUGCUUUAAUAUUUAUUGGUCCUCCAAACAAUGAAACUUGCAUUUUCAGACAACCAGCUUUUGGGAUAUUCUUUUCCAUCUGUGUUUCUGCUGUUCUUGCCAAAACUGUUACCGUAGUGAUUGCUUUUAAUGCAACAAAACCAGGAAGCCGACUGAAGAACUUGGUUGGAUCAAAGACAUCAUUUUUUACAAUAUUUUGUUGUUUUUUGUUUCAGUUUAUUAUAUGCAUUGUGUGGAUAUCAGUUUCUCCACCCUUCUCAGAGACUGACAAAAAGAUUCCAGAGAAAACAGUAAUUCAGUGUAAUGAGGGUUCUGUACUCAUGUUCUAUUGCAUGCUGGGAUAUUUAGGGAUGUUAGCAACUGUAAGCCUCUUAAUAGCAUUUCUUGCCAGAAACCUGCCAGAUAGUUUUAAUGAGACCAAAUUUAUCACAUUCAGCAUGAUUGUUUUUGUAAGUGUUUGGCUGACAUUUGUUCCAGCUUACAUCAGCACAAAAGGGAAGUACAUGGUUGCUGUUGAGAUUUUUGCAAUUCUGUCAUCUAGCAUUGGGUUGUUACUUUGUAUAUUUUCACCAAAAUGCUAUAUUAUUCUAAUAAGACCAGACAUGAAUACUAGGGGGUACAUUGUGAGGCAACAAAACACUAAAUAA